CUUUUGAGAGUUAUUUCUGGAAUAUACAAGUCAUUAUAUGACCAGCCGAUAUUGUGUAAGGGUUUAGGUUAUAGGGAAUGCUGGUUAAAUCAAUCGUGUGUAUCCUGAUCAAUAGUAUGAAUAGUAUGAGUAGUAUGCGUAGUGGAAAUCAUCAUGAAAACAAUUGUGCCUGACAUGUUAUGAUGAUAACAUGACAUACUCGUAUGAUUUACUAGUAUUAAAUUGAAUAUCUUAAACCCUUCUGUAGUGUAUUUCAUUUUUUGGUUGCGUUUUGCGGAGAGACUCGCGGUGUUUGAAAAAUUAUCGAACCCAUCUCAACUAGAUCAAAGUAUCUAUUGUAGAGGUAAGCAUGUCUGAAUCUCAAUCAAAAGGGUCUCUACUUUUAGCCUGGCAAGUCAAAGACAAACAUUGUUUAGUCAUUGGAGCAGGAGAUGUGGCCUUAAGUCGAAUCAAUCAUCUUGUAAUAGCUCAAGCCAAAAUUACAGUUAUAACAGGUCAAAAUGGUAAUAUUCAUCCUGAUAUUAUUAAAUUGAAUGAACAAGAAAUCUAUUCAAAAAUUCAAGCACAAAUAAAUAAUGAAAAUUUUGAAAUCGUAUGUUGUUGUAUUGAUGAUUAUACAUUAUCAACUGCUAUCUAUUAUCAAUGUAAGUAUCUUGGAAUCAAUUGUAAUAUUGCUGAUAAACCUCAUCUCUGUGACUUUUAUUUUGGAUCUAUGAUAAAUGAGAAAAAUCUUCAAAUUAUGAUUUCAACUAAUGGUCAAUCUCCAAGAUUAUCAAAAUUAAUUAAAGAUUCAAUUCAAAAACAAUUCAUAAAUGGGGUAGAUUUAAAUAUUGCUGUAGAGAAUUUAGGAGCUAUACGAGCCAAAUUACGAGAACUAAAACUUGUUGAUAAAAUAGAUCCAAACGAUAAUUUACCAAUUAUUGAAAAGAGAAUGUCAUGGAUUAAAACUUUAACUGAUAUGUACACUAUAAAACAAUGGAGUUCUAAAAGAUUAUUACAACAAGAAAUAGAAACAAUUGUCAACUAUUUUCCUGAUUUCCCUCCAUCAAUUUAA